AUGGCUACGCAGUCCAAGUUUGCCCUCCCGGGCAGCCUCCACGGCGUCAAUGUGCGCGCCCUCGCCGCGCAGCUCGUUCAGCUGUACGUGGCCAACCGCUCGCGCAUCUCGCGCGCCGUCUGGAUCACGCUCUUCGUCGCCCUCCUCCACCGCAUCCACAACGCCAUUGCCGAGCAAAAGGCGGCCUCGGCCCGCGAGGCGACCCAGCGCGCCGCGCGCCGCGCCACCGUCGCCGCCCUGCCCGGUGAGGACGGCGGCGGGCCGGAUGCGCCGCGGAAAAAGGUUGCGCUCGACCGCGCCUUUUUCCGCUCGCUCAUGCGCCUGAUCCGCAUUGUCGUGCCGGGCUGGCGCAGCAAGGAAGCGCGCCUGCUCAUCAGCCACAGCUUCUUUCUGGUGCUGCGCACCGUCAUCAGCCUCAAGGUGGCCGAGAUGGACGGCGCGAUUGUCAAGGCGCUUGUGCGCGGCAACGGCAAGGACUUUUUGUCGCGGAUCGUGUGGUGGAUGAUUAUUGCGGUGCCCGCCACUUUUACGAAUUCCAUGCUUUCAUAUCACCAAGCGGAGCUGUCACUCAACUAUAGAACACGACUCACUCAGUACAUUCAUGACAAAUACCUCUCCAACCUCACCUUUUACGGCAUAUCGGCUCUCGACGACCGGAUAAAGAACCCCGACCAGCUCAUUGCCGUCGACGUGUCCAAAUUCUCCAACAGCUUGGCCGAGCUCUACAGCAACCUGGCCAAGCCCCUACUUGACAUGACCAUCUACACCUACUCCCUCUCCAAGAGCGUCGGCGGCGAGGGGGUCGUCUUCAUGUCGCUGCUCGUGCAGCUCUCAGCCAACGUGAUGCGCAUCCUGACGCCGCCGUUUGGCAAGUACGUGGCCGACGAGGCGCGCCUCGAGGGCGAGUUCCGCUUCCAGCACUCGCGGCUCAUCGACUACGCUGAGGAGGUGGCGCUCUACAACGGCCACACGGCCGAAAAGGACACGCUCGACAAGGGCUACUUUACGCUCAUCAAGCACGUCAACUACAUCUUGCGCCGGCGCUUCUACCACGGCUUCAUGGAGGACUUUGUCAUCAAGUACUUUUGGGGCGCCCUCGGGCUCGUUCUCUGCUCCGUCCCCGUCUUUGUCCAGCUGCCCGGCGCCCGGCCCGGCAUGAACACGGGCGACCGCACCGAGUCGUUUGUCACCAACCGCCGCAUGCUGCUCUCCGCCUCGGACGCCUUUGGCCGCGUCAUGUUUUCGUACCGCGAGAUUAUGGAGCUGGCGGGCUACACGUCGCGCGUGGACUUGCUGCUCAACGUCAUGGACGAUAUCCAGUCGGGUCACUUUGAGAAGAACCUAGUGUCGUCUUCGGGGACAGAGAAUAAUGAGGCUGUCCUCAAGGGUCGCGGCACUAUCCACGAGAGCCAGGACAUCACAUUUAUCGACGUACCCAUCAUCUCACCCAACGGCGACGUCCUCGUCCAGGCGCUGUCCUUUUCCAUCAAGCACGGCGACCACCUCCUCGUCGUCGGCCCCAACGGCUGCGGCAAGUCCUCUCUCUUCCGCAUCCUCGGCGGUCUGUGGCCUGUGUACGGCGGCACCGUGUACAAGCCGCCGUUCUCGUCCAUCUUCUACCUGCCGCAGCGGCCGUACCUGUCGCGGGGCUCGCUCCGGCAGCAAAUCAUCUACCCAGACUCGCUGCGGCAGAUGCGGCAGCGGGGGACGACGGACGCGGAGCUGCUCGGCAUCCUGCAGACGCUGGACCUGGCGCACCUCGUGGACCUGUACGACGAGGGCUGGGACGCCGAGGCCGAGUGGCGCGACGUGCUCUCGGGCGGGCUGCAGCAGCGCGUCGCCAUGGCGCGUCUCUUCUACCACCGCCCCAAGUACGCCAUCCUCGACGAGUGCACGAGCAGCGUCACGCUCGAGACGGAGAAGAUCAUGUACGACCACGCCAAGGCGCUCGGCAUCACGCUCAUGACCGUCAGCCACCGCCGCAGCUUGUGGAAGUACCACACCCACAUCCUGCAGUUUGACGGUCAGGGACACUACGUCUUCACCCGACUGGACGCCGAUAGGCGCCUGAAGCUCGAGGACGAAAAGGACGAGCUGGAUGUGAAGCUGCGACAGGUGCCGGAGCUGGAGAGGCGUAUGGCGGAACUGACGUCGUAG